UCGAGAGAUGAAGCGCCCCGAAGCCGCUGCCGCAGGAGCGAGCCGCAAGAGGAGGCGCUUCUCCGUGGGCAGCACCGAGCACUACGAGGAGCUGUCCCGCCUCGGCGAGGGCAGCUUCGGCGCGGUCGUCAAGGCGCGCCACCGCGUCACGGGCCAGGCCGUCGCCAUCAAGCGCCUCACCUUGGCCGACGCCGACGGCGGCCUCGCGGAGGACCCGAUGCGCGAGGCGGGCUUCCACGAGGCGUGCGGCGACAGCCCGUUCAUCGUCGGCUUCCACGGCGUUGUCCGCGACCCGGCCACGUCGCGCUUCUGCCUCGUCAUGGAGUGCGUCGACGGGCCGAGCCUCCACGACUACCUCAACCGGCGCCGCCGCGACCCGCAGCUCCCGGAGGGCGCGGUGCGAACCGUCAUGUGGCAACUGCUGACGGCCGCCAAGAAGAUGCACGACAGCGGCAUCAUCCACCGGGAUAUUAAGCCCCAUAACAUCCUCGUCGCCGGAGAUCACAGUGCAGUCAAGAUCUGCGACUUCGGGCUCGCCAUGUCCACGUCCGACGCGCCGCCGUACGAGCAGGCGGGCACGCUCUUCUACAAGGCGCCCGAGAUGCUGCUGGACAUGCCCGUCUACGGCACGGCGGUCGACGCCUGGUCCCUGGGAUGCGUCAUGGCGGAGAUCAUCAGCGGGAGGCCGCUGUUCCAGGGCUGCUACGAGGACGGGCAGCUCUGCGCCAUCUUCGACGUGCUCGGCGUGCCAGACGACAGGACAUGGCCGGGGUUCUCCUCCACGCCGUUCGCCACCAACUUGCUGCCGGAGCUGGACGUGCAUCAGAACAACUACCUGCGCGAGCUGUUCCCCGAGGCGACCUUGUCCAAGGAAGGAUUCGAGGUCCUCAACGGCCUCCUCACCUGCAACCCCGACAAGCGGCUCGCUGCGAAAGACGCGCUCGAGCACGUGUGGUUUGCCAAGGUCGACGAGUUGAAGCUUCCGAGGAAAGAUGAGUUGGCAUCGGCAUUGCCCGGGAAGAAGAUGCUCAUGGUUCGUGCGGCUUGUGCGAAGAAACGAAAGCUGCAGUGUGUGUGACUUCAGAAUUCUUUGCAUACAAGGAUAAGAUAACUUCUAAGUGUCCUACUACGAGAUCUCUUGCACUCCUGCAGUCAAAUUUCAGAUGCAUGAAGCUGCUGAUGUUGUAAUUUCAGAUACAUGUGUUCAAGUGCUUAGUAUACUAACAGAUCCUAUAUGGCUUAUGUACUGUUUGUGAACAAUGUGAUUCAGUAAGUAGCAUCGUUGAAUCCAUCCUGUGACGAAUUUUGCUGUCUUUCUGUUUUUCUUGAGCAUCACAACCCAAGGAUUCACAAAAAAUCCCGUCCGGCAGCCCGCCAUCAGCACGUCGAUCCCUCCGGCAGCCCGGCGACUACGUCGUCGAUCCUAUCCGGCAGGCGCCGUCCGCAACGCUGCCGUCCAAUGCUGCCGCCGCCGCCGUCCAAUACAACUACUCCCGACAUGAUGGUCACUGCUGUUCCAGCAAAGAAGAUGACUGCAGCUCCAGCAAAUAAGAUGGUUCCCAAGAGAAAGCUAAACUCGGAUUUAUGAUCUAUGUGAUGUAUCGAAGCUGAAGUAUCUGGACAAUUAAAAAUUAAUCAGUUACGUGAGAUGUUUGGUCACAAGUAGUUAUGCUAGUGUGAACUUAAUUUCUGUAAUUUCUGUGAGCUUUGAAUCUUUUUCAAUAAGGCUUUGAACUCAUUUGUUUCGUGAUUUGUAAACUCAUUUGAGUGAGCCUAUGAGCUAAUGAUUUGAACUUGUCAUUAUUUUUUUA